AUGGUAAAUGAUUUAUUAUUAUUAUAUAUUAUAAUUGAAUUACAAAGUUACUCUUUAUAUAUUAUAACUGGAGUUCAUCAUAAAUCUUAUAAUGCUACUAGAGGUAGUAUGUUAUAUUUUGUAACUGGAGGUAUUGCUUCUAUUGGUAUUUUAUUAUCUUCAUAUUUUGUAUAUAAUACUGUAGGUAGUUGUAAUAUUACUGAUAUUACUAAUUAUUAUGCUAUACAUAAUGCUAGUAGUUUAUUUGAUAGUUUAGAUAUUUUAGUUUUAGCUUUAAUAUUUAAAAUGGGAUUAGCUCCUUUACAUUCAUGA